CAGCAUGGAGGCGGGUCCAAAAGAGGAGGAGAGCGAGGCUGAGUAGGAGAAGGAGAUGAAGAAGCGGGCAGAGAAAAUGGACAGGGAGCUUGCCAUGCUCUUCCAUCUGAUGAAGAAAGUUUCCACACAGUGUUCAGAAAGCAGAGGGAUGACUGUUUCCUGCCAGCCUGCACACAGAUGUGGAAGCUGCUGCUGCACUCGCUGCCUGAGGAAGCUGGACGGAUCAGCCCGGAGCCGGACGGCAGCAGCAUGCUACCUGAACCAGCUCUGAGCCGUCCGUAGCCACAGGAUGGCUGCACUCUUAAACAUUUGCUGGAGAAGAAGCUGUGUCCUCCAGCAUGGAGGCGGGUCCAAAAGAGGAGGAGAGCGAGGCUGAGUAGGAGAAGGAGAUGAAGAAGCGGGCAGAGAAAAUGGACAGGGAGCUUGCCAUGCUCUUCCAUCUGAUGAAGAAAGUUUCCACACAGUGUUCAGAAAGCAGAGGGAUGACUGUUUCCUGCCAGCCUGCACACAGAUGUGGAAGCUGCUGCUGCACUCGCUGCCUGAGGAAGCUGGACGGAUCAGCCCGGAGCCGGACGGCAGCAGCAUGCUACCUGAACCAGCUCUGAGCCGUCCGUGUUCGUCGGCCUCUCCUCUCGUCUCUCUCAAACUGAUGAAGAUGUAGUCUGUUUGAUCUCCAUGGAGAUGUCUCCAAACUCAGUCUCUGCCCUGUUGCCAUGGUCACUGUGCUUGCUGUUCUUUCUGACCGCCGCCCGCCCCCAGACAACAAGCUCCGCCCCCGCAGCUCCUCUGCCAGCCAAUACGACGCUGCUGUAUGAAAGCGGCGCCGCGACGAGCCACAGCCUGCGGAACUGCAGCUGCUCCGUCCCCAUCCGAGACUGUAACGAAGCGCUGGCCAACUCGCUGUGCCGAUGCCACAGCGUCCCUCGCUCCGCUCUGCCCCCUGCUGGGCUCCGGGAGCCAGGGCCGCUCACGGUGUGGGUGAAGGAACUCUGGGUCCUGGAGGAGCUGCUGAACAGCAGCACGGUGGGCCACCUGCGGCUGUCCUUCUGUGGAUCAAAUCCUGUGGACAGCCGGUACCUGGCUCUGCGGGGUCUGCGGACUCUCGGGAUCCACAGCGCAGUGCCCCAAGCUCCUUACCCCGACCAGGAAAUGACCAUCUCCCCUCCAGCAGGGGUCACAGCAGAGCUGGACGCCCUCGCCUUUGACUCCUCCUUCCUACACAUGACCUUUCUGGAUGUCGCCGUGCUGAACGGGCUCUCCACCCUGAAGGCGUACAGUGUGGCGGGACCACCUGCCCCCGCCCUUUCCCAGCACUUCCCCCUCCUACCCUUUACUCCACCCACCUCUGAUGACCCCAGUGAGACGGGUGCAGACCCCCUGCAGGACCUGCUCAUUACCUUCGUGUACUGAAGGUGCGACAUUUGGGAGUUUACGGUGCACUGCCGCGUCGGUGGGAUGUGUUUCAUUUCUUCUGCUGUCUUUAAACGUUGUCUCAGACGAGGUGGACGUCUUUCUCUCCCUGACGAAACUGUUGACUAACAUUGUACAGGUGUUCUACCUACCUGCUGCUGGCUUUCUGUCCUGGAGAGGAACUGCCUCUAAUUUUCUGCAUUCAUGAGAUUUGGGAAUGUUUACAGCGGUCAUAUUAUUUUAGCUAUCACUCCAAAACUUGUAAUUUUGAUGAGCUAACAGGAACGCAGUAUGAAGCUGAUCUGAGUUCGACACCACGGCCUCAAAGGAGGAGCAUCUUUACAUGCAUGUACAUAUUCUGACUGUCAUUUUUGAACCAUGUAACACGCCCAUAAUGAAUGUACCAGUUAAAGUAGAAACUGAUAGCUUUAUAAUGGUCAACCAGUUACAUAAUAAUCCUUCACCGGUGAAGAAGAACCCAUUCAGAGGUUCUGGGUUUCAUGAAGCGUGGGACUUCAGGUUUAUGGGAAUCUACAGGCAACACUAAGACCUGCCGGGAACUGCUGGGAGUUUUAUGAGGCCAAAUAUCUGCAGAAUAAUAUACAGUUUGUUUUUACCUCUGACUGUUAACCAUAUCCAUCAGGACACUGGAGACUCAUCCUGAUAAUAUGCCUCUUUAGCAUGUGACUAAAACGAAAAGUAACCCAUAACCCGACCCGGUCACAUGCACCGUGCACUUGGUGGCUCACUCAUUGGUGUUAGGAGUUCAUAAAGCUUUAUUUACACCGUUAAUAAACGAUGCUGUAACCACAGCCAGAAGAAUUUUUACAGCCUGGCACCCCAAAGGUUUGGCUUGUUAUUGACUUGUAAGUGAUCUGUAAAGCAUUAGUAAAUGAUCCAAAUUCAGCCCCUUUAAAGGUGCCCCAUUAGGUAUGAGUGACUCAAUGGAAACUCGUCCAGCUCGCAGUAAGAAACAGCUGAAAUGGGAUGAGGUGUUAACAUGACUCAGUGCUGCAGAGCUUUUACACGGUGCAGCCCUCACAGAGGUGUCUGCUCUUUGUCUCACUGAGGUUUCUCCUCCAGCGUUUACAUUUCAUCUAGAAGAUCACGACUCCAAAAUACAGCAGAUCAUAGUUUCCUGAACCUUUCCAGUGAAGGUUCGUGUUCCCAGCUAUCAGCUGCAGGUUGUUUAGGCUCCAUCACAGAUUUCUAGAUCUUUAUGAGACUUUCAGGAGUGCUGUGUACCUGUUACUGAAAGCUGUGGUGGACUUAGGUGCCAUACGGUGAUUAAACAACUGUAACUAUAAAGUCAUUACUGUGCAGACAGCCUGCAGGCUUCCUGCAUGUCUGAGAGACAAACAACAGGAUUGUUCCCAGAGACAGAAGAGAUGUUCCAGAGUCUGCUUCAGCUGCCAAGUGGGUGUUAGCUCUCCGUCCAAUCCAGGUGUUAGAGCAGAACAGCAGUAACGCUUUGGGCCCUGCGGUCUGUCGGAUCGUAGAUGGUUCUGAGCUCUUAAAUUUAAAUGGGCGACAACUUAAAGCAAAAACACAAAUCAGAGAACCCGAGCACUCACUGCUCGGUUUGAUUAUCCUAAAUCUGAUGAACACCUCUCCAUCAUCACAGCCUCAUCUGCAGGGAUAUCCUUUAUAAAAAUGGGUUUCCUAGACUUGAAGACCCUACAUUAAUGAGCUCAGGGUGGGUGAGGGGAAUCCUCCUCAGGACGCUACCCACCAAGGACGAACACAAGGAUCCCUGUUUGACUCUGAGUCGAGACCUUUAGAACUGUGGAGGGAAAAGCGAAUGGGAAUCAAGAUUGGAGAACCAUCACAGAGGACCUCCACAUCCAAAGGUCCUUCUUCACAAGAGACAAGGACAGCAGUGAGCCCCAUAUAAGAGCUCUUUGGGUGGGUCAGGGGCAUUCAGCACAACACGUGGCUCCAUUUACUGAUGAAGACCAUAUUAUGAGACAUUUGAAGAGAUAAUAUGAUUAUGACAGAGAGUGAAGCACUGAAGCUGCUUUGGCGAUUCAUGGUUUCUGUUUUUUACUUUCAGUUUUCGCCCAUCUUUAAAAUCAGGAGCUCGUGACUCACUUGGAGAGCUGCUCACAGAUAAUAAAAAGUAGAGAUGUGCUCAUCUCCUGUGGACCACAGCUCAGUCUUUGUAGAGUCUGUGUUACAUAAUGAUUGUGCAGGAGCUUUUCUGUGUCUGAUCUUCCACCUGCCACAUGUUGAAAUACUGUCGGUACAGAGCACGAUGAAAACAAGACGUACUGCGGCAGCUGGCUGCAGUGAAUGCUGGCUGGAUCGCUUCCAGAGAGGGGUCAGUGUCUGAGCCCGAGCUGGAUGAUUGUGUCUGAGAGAAAGCUUUGUCUGCCGCUUUGUCUUUGAAAGCAUGAAUUAUGACAAACGGCUGUGUAGAUUUAAGGACGACGCCUUUGGCAAACAGAAUGUAAAGAGAAUGUGUAGAAAGCAGAGAGACGAGGACAGAGCGGCUCUGCAGGCUCUGUGUUAUGAAGCUGCUGCGUUUUUCCAGCUGCUCUCAUUGCGUGCAGAUGGCCUAAUAAAACAAGCUGUUUGGAAACAGGUUAAAAUGGACGCCCGAUGAACAGAGUCCCGGGGUUAGGAUCUCCUGUCAGCAGCCAACAGGUCUCACUCGGCUCGGACGGAGACCGUGACUCCGGCUCUGCCGAACCGCGCCGCCGUUAACCAGCGGGGCUCCGUGAGGGCGGAGCGGGCGGCUCUUUGCAGCUGUUUGUCAGGACUCUGUGUUUUUGUUUCAGGGAGAUUUUCUCACUCGCUCUAAGGCUGAAGCUCCGGCUCUCUGGCUCAUGUCCUGUGAGAGCCUCUGUGAAAGCUGCUCUCACAAACACGAACUGGGGCCAACACUUGUGCUGUGCAGAUCAUUCAGAGGCCUCUGGCUUUCUCUGCGUGCACACAAACAUGUGGGUGUGUCUGUGUGUGUGCGUGCACAGCAUCGCUGUGAACGUGUCAGCGUGUAAUCACAGUUCAGAGUAAACGGUGGGAGCAACAAAAGCCUCAUUAAAACUGUGCGACGAGGGAAUCGUAUCAUCCGGAUCAAACAUCCGCUCAAACUGGAUCAAAGCUGGGAGUUAGAAACGUGGAAACCAGGAGAGCAGACGCUCCACACCCACACUGCUUUCUCUUCCUUAAUUAGUUUGCACCCUGCUCGGUGCCUCUGUGCAAAUGUUCAUGCAAACAGAAACUUCAGAGCCAUGCUUGUGCGCAGUGCAUUGUGGGUCUGAGAGGUUUACUGGAGUGCAGAAUGAGCCUCCAGCUGUUAAAUGACUUUUUCUCUGAUUCCCGUUUGGUCAGAAAAUGCUUUGAUUUGCUUUCCAGAUUCAAAUUUUCCUUCACAGCAGGAAGUCCAGUCCAGGCUAGCAUGAUCAAAGCCAGGAGAGGGCCUUCUCCCUUUUCUUAAACUGGAUUUGAUUAUGCACAAAAAUCUGGUGUGAACACGUUCAGAGAGGGUUCACUUUCCUGCAGUUUCACUUCUCUGUCCAGGAAACAAAGGAGCAGCAAAGCCCUCUGAGACCUUUGCACUUCAGACGGACCUGUGCAGGCGUCUCUGUGCUGCAUCACACAGCGGGGGGGUAUCAGCCGCUGCCGGUGCAAAUCUGUGCAUAAAGAUGUGCAGAUCACUUUUCGUCUUUGUUUCCUGGUAGUUUGUCUCAAUCUAGUGGCUGUAUAUGGAACUGAUUUAAGCCAUAAGCUUAAAAUGAUUUCAUUUCCUGUGCAAAUGUAAACACAGAGGUCUGUUGUUGUGGAGCAGAGCCUAAAUUACUGACAGGAACCCUCUGAAACCUCCUCUGUAAAACCAGAAAUGUUCCCUUUUCAGGAAAAUGAACAUGCAGACAAACACGGGCGAUAUUCAGGUUUCUCCUGUGGUGUCAUGCACACGUUGCUCGAGGAUGACGGUAUCAAAAUAUUAUGUUAACAACCUUCACAGUGACCGUGGAACAGUGUCCUGACACCAAACUCUGCUAAGCACCCAAAGUUUUGUAGGCCCAGUCCCACCUAAGCAGUUGAUAACAUGAAAGAUCAUGUGUGAGUUGCUGUGCGGUUGCUGGAUGGUUGCUGGAUGGUUGCUGGGUGAAUUUGGUCACAAAGAGCGUGCUGCACCAUUUCAUGCAAACUACAGUGACCGAAGCAAUCACAGUGAGGGCUAUGGUGAGGAACACUUCUUUUUCCCACCUGGAGGUUUCCUGAUGGUCACUGGGUCUCUAGGCCUGUCCAAAAUGUCACAUGGUUAGCAAUCAGAGCCUGAAUAAAAACUGCUUUUGGGAAAAGCUAAAAUUUAAGGUCUACUUUAUUUGGACUGGGCGGGGUUUAUAACCUUUACUGCAACCGGCCACCAGAGGGAGAAGGUGAUUCUUUUGGAGAGCUGCUGUGUGUCCAUCUUUAUAUACAGUCCGUGCUCCCGAUCAGUAACCCGACUGUGGGCACUUCUCCCUGCUCUGUGACUGUCAGGCUCCAUCCUGCACUGUGGAAUCAGAGCCUGCGGGAACGCGUCCUCCUUCCUGAGCAGAAACACAUGUCAUUAUGCAACAGGCUGCAGCUCAGCUGGUCUGAUAAACACAAACAGCGCGCGCUCACAUUCACAGCCAGUGCUCGGCGCUCUGACUGGGAUUUUUCCACAGCUUUUCCUGAUGUCCCGUCUGCUAAACUGGGCGAUUCCACACCACCAUAAUGGUUUUCAGCCAGUUCAUGGAGGCCAGGCAGGGAAGCUGUGUGCUCAAAGCCUCUGGAACUUUCCACCACAAAAUGGGUGAAAAUGAGCUCAGCGGGUUUUUUGGGUUUGACGUCACUCCCUCCACUUCUCCUCUCCUCCCUCCUGUCCUCUCUCCUUUCCUUUCCUCCCUUCAUCUUCACUGCAGCACCUUAACCCUGUGUGUGGCUCAGAGGCAGAUGUGUUGCGCUUUGCCAUGUUUGGUGACUUUGGUUGUGUAUUUGAUUUGUAUAUAAUUUGGAGCAAACAUCAUAAACAGGUCAUCAAGCUGAGAGUAAUAAAGUUUGAUAAAGCGC